UCUAUUGCCGAGUUUUCGCGGGAGAUAUUAUAAGGUAUUCUACUGUUCGGUGUCGUAGGCUACUAGAUGACGGACGGAUUCAACCAUUUGACUGGAUAGGGGUGUUCCACAAUAGGAUACGCUGUAUGUUGUACGUGUUGUUUUUAGAUGUGUCAUGCAAAUGUUUUAUAGUAUUAUAAUAUUGUGCUACAAUUAGGCAUAUUUCGUAUACUCCAAUUGUUAAUUUAGAUAGUAUUCCUUCACCCCAUCAACGAAACGGGGGUUGCUGUCCUCUUUUUGAGUUAAGCGUUCCUGUCCUGCUCCGGGGAGUGAUGUCACUGAUGGAAUGUGAUCGUUUCGCGAAUCUCCCACCCUCACGAAUAAUCAGGACAGGGCUGCAGUCGAGCAAGGACAAGACAUUUUGUUUGCAUUUGAUCUACAGCGACAUACAACAAUGUUAACCCAGAGAAAGAGAAAACGCACUGUGGAGGACUUCAACCAGUUUUGCACCUUUGUGUUGGCCUAUGCUGGAUACAUCCCCUAUCAAACAGAGGAUUGGUGGUGUAGUGACAGCAAGCCCAGUGACAGCAACCCCUGCAGCAGCAACCACAGUACCAGUCCAUGGGCCUACCAGUCCUCUCCUAACUCAGACUGUGGCUCCUCCACUCAGAGCCAGAAGGAGAAAGGGAAGGAGUUGAAGAGGAGGAGGUCAGACAAGAAGCCAGCCGGGCCUGGCCAGGGGGAGAAGAAGCCUAGAGGAGGAAGUGCCAAAAAGUCUCCUAAUAACAAACAGGCUGCCCCUACAUCAACAGUCAGCAGAAUGCCAGAGCUCCAUGAGCAGCACCAGCGCCAGUCUGAACGGACCAACCUCAACAGCUGUCUUACUGACAACAAAACACAUCCUCUGACAGCUCCGAAAUGUGACCAUGACUGUAAACUUUCCCAAUCUUCCCUGACUCAACUCUUCCCUGAAGCCAGCUCCAGCAGCUCUCUGUCUGUCCACAGGGACAAGAUCAACACCAGUCAGACACACACGCCAAACCCCAACGGGUCAGCUGGGAAAAUGAAUGACUCUACAACUCCUCAGAAGACAGGAAGUGAAGAGCUGGAACAGGAAGUGACCGAACAGCCUGUUGACAUGACAACGACAAGCUGUGAGACGGGGAAGAGCUGUCCUCAUAGGCCGGGAGACAGAGAAAAGAAGAGAAGAAAGGAAGAGAAUGUGACGAGGGAGAGCUGGGAGGGGUCUGGGAGUGAAGGAAGGAUAGACAGUGGUCAGAGGUCAGAUAUCCUGAGGAUGGUGAUGGACAGGAGGUUGAGAGGUCAGCUAACUGAAGACCAGGAGACAGGCUACCACACAGAGGAGGGUAGCAGCCCCGACCGGGACCAUGGAGGGAGCAACUACCAGACAGACCAGGGAGGGAGCGAUGGAGAGGACAUAUCUGCAGACAACAGCAAGAUGGAGGAUCAGGACGACUCGUGGGACCUGAUCACCUGUUUCUGCCUGAAACCGUUCGCGGGUCGGCCCAUGAUAGAGUGUAGUGAGUGUGGCACCUGGGUGCACCUGUCCUGCGCUAAGAUCCGCCGCACCCACGUUCCUGAAGUCUUCACCUGCCAGCCCUGCCGAGAUGCCAAGACCAACAUCAGACGGUCCAACCGGGCGCGGAUCGCCUCCCGCAAACGCUUCAGCGACUAGAGAGCACCAGCUGGUUCAUUGGCUGCGUCCAAAUUGGCGGCAGGUAGCCUAGCGGUUAAGAGCAUUGGGCCAGUACCCGAAACGUUGCUGGUUCGAAUCCCCAAGGUGGAAAAAUCUGCUGUUCUGCCCUUGAGCAAGGCAGUUAAUUCCCAACAACAA